UUUGACCUAAUCGAGUACACCUAUGUCUUGCAUUGAAAAUGUGAAAUUACGUGUGUUUUUUUUUACCUUAUUUGACAUAUCUUUUAAAUGAUUUAAGUAUUUUUGUUGUAAAUCUGAUAUAAUGUCAAGUAGAGCUUUAAGAAAACUUCAAGGUAAUGAUUUAGGUGCGUUAGAAUUGCCCGAGAAUCUUUCAGAGGAGGACACAGAUGUUCAACCUCAGCAGAAUCGGUCCAAGAAAAACAAGAAAAAGAAACCAGCCGUUGAAAAUCUUUUUGAAUUACUAAAUGAAGCUGAAGAUCAGCUACCAGAAGAUGAUGGGAAUGUAUCUGAAGAAGUUGAUACCAAGCCAGACAUAGUCAUAAACCAGACAAGCAAACAAAAGAAAAAGAAGAAGAAAAGGAAAAAGGGAAAAGAGAAGGAAGUUACUGAGGCUGAGAAUUCUGCAAAAGACGAUGAGGAUGAAAUUGAUGCAAGUAUACGAGAAGUGAACAGGAUUUUAAACAAUGGAAAUCUUGGAGAAGGGGAGAUCAGUGCAGCGGCAGAUGUAAAUUAUAAUGCAAGCAAUAAAGCACUUCUUUCUGUGGAACACAAACAUCUGAAUCCGGAGAAUGAAUUAAAGAGAAUAUUUGGUUCACGAACAAUACGUGAGGAGGGAACGAGAAGGCGUGGCCAGAUGCGGAGACGUCAGAAAGUGUCUUGGAUGGCACAGCCAACAGACAGCUGGCCACCUAUUGGUAAAACAGGAUUAUCAAUGCGGCUCAAAGAGACUAAAGAUGGCUGCCAGUACUUCCUGUUUGAGCACAAUCAGCAGUAUCAGAAAGUUCAGUUUGAGUUUUAUGAUGCAGUAGAAUCUCUCAACCCACAAAAUAUUGAGAACAUUUUGCAGCUACAACCUUAUCACAUUGAUGCAUUGAUACAGCUGAGUGAAGUUUUCCGGAUGAGUGAAGAUCUCAACAUGGCAGCUGAAAUGAUUGAAAGAGCUCUUUAUUCUAUGGAGAUGUCUUUCCAUUCACUUUUUAACAUGGCAACAGGAACCUGCAGAUUAGAAUAUAAAUACAGAGAAAAUAGGUCAUUAUAUUUAGCUUUGUUUAAGCACAUCGGUUCAAUGGGACAAAGAGGGUGCAAUAGAACAGCUCUAGAAUUUACUAAACUACUUUUAAGUCUUGAUCCAGACAAUGAUCCACUAGUUGCAUUACUGUUGAUAGAUUUCUAUGCCAUAAGGAGUGGGGAAUAUGAAUUUCUAGUCAGACUUUACAAUGAAUGGGAGGCUCACAGGAACUUGUCACAACUUCCAAACUUUGCAUUCUCUAUUCCAUUAGCAUACUUUCACCAAGGAGAAAGCAACAAAGCAGAUGAAAUGCUUCAAGACAGUUUAUUGAUGUUCCCUGGAAUGUUAAGCCCAUUGCUGGACAAAUGUGGAGUUCAAGCUGACCAGUCUGCCACACAUGUAUACUUUAAAGAUGCAGAGUAUAGCCAACCAGACGCCUUGAAACAGCUGAUAGCUCUUUAUGUUGGAAGAUGUUAUGCAUGUUGGAAACUGCCCGAGGUAAUGGAAUGGCUCGAGAAGAACGUUAAAACUGUGAUAGAUAGAGUAGAGAAAAAAGAUCCUCUUAUUGAAACAUAUAAACAAAGGAGACUAUCUCGUUAUAAAGGUACACCAAGGAAUAUAUACAGACAUAUCCUGAUGUCAGAGAUUCCUACAGCAACAGCAACACUUCCUCAGGAUGUAGCUAGUACAGUGCUGAGCUUUGACCCGUUACCACCACUAGAUUCAGUAGAAGCCUAUAGAAGACCUGCAAGGCCAAACAGGGCACAGACUGAUGGAAAUGCAUUUUCAAUGUUUUUGAGAUCAUUGAUGCCCAACUUCAAUCCAAAUGAGCCAGCCCCUGAGCAAGGUGCAGCAGGUGGUGUGGAGGGAAACCAAUUAAGACAGGGAGUAGGAGCAUUAAUGGAUGCCAUGAGAGACUUACUUAAUAAUAUAAGAAUGGCAGAACCUCCAAUAGAAAAUCAAGAAGAAAACGAGGAAGAAAGAGAUCUAGAAGAAUGGGACUAGCUUCUUAAAAAACAUUUGUUGGAUCUUUUGUCGAAGUGAUGUAGCAGCUGAUUAUAUAACCGAAGAAAUGUUAAGUUAUACUUUGUAUCGAUCAUGGAAAGGAAAGACAAGUUCAAUUAAAUUGAUGUUAACAGGUUUUUAGUUGUGUAACCAGAAGUAAGCACUGAAUAAUAAGCUCAGUUACUGCUUAACCUCAACAGAUGUGUUGACUACACACAAAACAGUACUACUGUGAAAUCAUUUUUAUUCGCGUAGGACUAAUUUUCGCGUAUUUCGUGCUAGGACCGAUGCGCAAAUUUAAGACCGCGCUAUUAUUGUUUUUUGAUUUUAUUUUUUCAUUUAUAAAUCGAAUUAAAGUCCGAGCGAAACAGUCCUUUUUCACGUUUGCGCAAAAUUUUAUGCCAGCGAAUUUAAAUGAUUUCACAGUAUUUAUUUUGUGUUAGCUACAAAUGAAACAGUUGUAUGAUUUGCUGUUAUAUUGGUGGUACUGGAAACAGUGAAACAUCAGGUGUAUGUAAGCUUUCCUUGAUAAGGAAUUGAAUUGUGAAAUUGGAAACCAGUAUAGUAUGAUAUUUUGCUCUGCAUCAUCUUACCUCAUGUUAGAAUCAAGUGGAUGGAUUAAGAAACAAACACUACAAAAGCUUAAUUUAAGCUUACUUUAAGGUAGUUCUGCACGUUUGGUACGAAUUUUUUUCUACAAUGUAGAAUUUGAUUAAACUCUAAUUUUUCAAAACUUCAGAAUAUACUUAGAAAAUCCAGCAGAUAAAAAGGAUAGGGUCGUGUGCUUGAUUUUUUGCUAGACUGAUGUGAAAAUUUUGGACCUCACGCAAUUUUUCAUAAUGGGAGUCUAUGGGAAAAUCAUAACUUUCAUAACACUUUCGCAAAUAUAAAUUUUUCUACAAUGUAGAUUUUGAUGAAACUUCUCAAACUUGUAAAUAAACAUAUGGCCUAUAAUAUGGUAAAAUAAAAUGUAUAGGUCCGUGUGCUUAUUUGUGAGAUAUUUGAUUAUGAUUAAAGUGCACCAACUAUUCCACGCUAAUUUUGAGACAUUAUUUGAAUUAUUUAACGUGUCAUAUGUUUUAAUAUCAUUUUUUUGACUUUAGAAAUAUACUAACAGUAUCAUUUUAAUAAAUUUACUCACAGGUUGUCAUUAAUUCAUAAAAUGAUUUUCAUUUCCGUACGCCGAAUCCAGGCUUUAUUCUACGUUUUCCGGAUAAAUGACGUUACGCCAUCACUUCCGGUCUAUCAAACGUGCAGAACUACCUUAAAUGGUGAGUUGAUUUUACCAGAAAGAUUGCAGUAGAAGGUAUUGAAGGGAAUUGAAAUCAACAGGAACAAGACUGGACAAGAGAAAACAUCUUUGAAGAAUUAAAUAUUUGUAGUACGUACAGUUCUGAAACAGAUGCAAUAAGAAUUGACUAUGCAUAAACAUUAUGUUCUGAGUCGGUAUACCCUCAGUAUGUGUGGAUGUAAGAAUUGUAAGGAUUUUGUGAGAAAAGGAGUUCAGGUAAAUGCAGGUUGCUAUGGAGAGUUUCUGUCAUAUAAGUAAAAUUGACAGUAUACAGUGGAACAGUUCAACUCUUCUAAAGCGAACAGUCGCUGGUUCAGAGUGCUUUAAAAUCACAUGCUUUUGCAAGACUGAAAGUUGACAAUUUUUAAAUUGAAGUAUAUUUUGACUGGUAAAGUUUAGCUUAAAAUCACCAAAAAAUACUGAACAAGCAAAAGAUUUGUUUCAGUUAUGUGUAGAAUUAUCUCCAGAUUCUAAUUUUUAAUUUGUUGCUAUGCAGCAGGUAAAUUAUAUGGCAGAUAUUAGUCUGUUUCAGUGUAAGAUUAAAAUAUCUUUCACUGAGUGAACACAAGGUGCAAUGUAUUUUCACAAAUGUGUGAACCACAAGUGAAUUAUGGUGUAGAUCUUCUAUUUGUUUCAUGUUUUAAUUGCAUUUUACCCCUUUUAUAGUUUCUAGCUAGAGAAAAA